GAGAUCACCCGAUCCAACGAGGAGCAACAAGCUCAUUGUUUAAAUAUUCUCAUUCAUCAUAGAACGCGUCGAGAAUGCCUGAAAAAGUUCUUGAGACGCCCUACCCGGUCAUUGACAUAGACCCCCAUUUCACCAGGGUGGUUCGCUACUUCCGGCCCUCCGAUUAUGCUACCUGGGCCGCAGGAACUGUCGCAGUACCAGGUGCCCUGCUGCUUUGGGAGUUGGCCGACCCCCGGAAAAUAACCGUGAAACAGAUGGAAGCUAGUGGAUCCGGACAGAUGCCCUCUGGGAGAUAUGCUAUUGGAGAUGCUGCAGCCGUUGUCACAAGAAGAAUGGUUACUGGUAUCAAAGUCGCCUCUUUCAUUGGUUUCUGUGGAGGUUUCCUUUUAGCAUACCAGAACUCGAGCAAACGGUUCUGGGGAUGGACAGAAAACAAAAGAGAAGAAGAGAUGGAUUUCGAAGAAUUGAGUCAACGUGCAAAAGGAGGAAAGCCUUUGUAUGGACAAUCACACCAGCCAGAGUGGGUGCAGGGUGCUGCUCACAGGAAUUCAGUAUUCUCUCAGCUCAAAUUCUCUGCAUUCCCAUUGUUCAAUUUUGUUAAUCAUCCCCACCACGGAACGGACCCGGCAAAAUAUGGAGUUAACUUGAAAUCAGAAACUUCUACAGAAGAAUCAUAAACAUUUCCAUCAAUCUAAUCCUUUGCAAUUCUACUGUGUUUGCCGCUAUGCGAGCUGGUGAUGAAAGUCAUGCGAUGAAAGUCGUUUCCUUGCGUUUCCCCUCUAUUAGCCUAUUCUCCUGUUUCAAUUCAGUCCAAGAUCUACGCCCGGCCCGUCAUUUUUGAACAUGCCACGCACUUGAAACAAACUAUGGACGCGACACGAUCCUGC